UGUAUAUAUUUCCCCUUCGAAUUUUUCGAUUUAUUGUUGACUGAAUUCCAAGUAGGUUGGAGCAACUUUACAAAUUCUCACGGUUGCAUUUGGAUAGAAACAAAGUCAAUAAGGUAGUAUGGAUGCCAUCCUUUACCCAGCAAUGACCAUAAUAUGGUGGUCACUAUCAGUUUCUCUCCUUCUUCCAUUUGUUAUCGUUCUUAAGUUCAGCAAAAAGUAUCGGUACAUGUGGUUCUCUUGGGUUUUCGUCAGAAUCAUUGAAGUUAUACUGGGUUCAAAAUUGUUGAAGAUAAGAAAAUCUGCCUUCGAUUUUCUUAAGGAUCAUUUACCGGAAAGAAAGAAGAACACUAACUUCGAAAUUCUGGAGAUAGGCUUUGGAGGAGGAUCCAAUUUACAAUUCUAUCCGGAAAAUACAAAUUUGUCCAUCUUGGACAUGAACGAAUCUUUCUUAAAGUACUUUGAAGAAAGCCGACAGAAAAAUCCUCAUAUAAAUUACAAGAAAGUUGUGAUUGGUAUGGCCGAAGAUAUGCACGAGCUUGACGAUGAAUCCUUUGAUAUUGUUGUGAGUACUUUUGUCUUGUGUUCUGUGAAAAGCGUUCGAGCAGCUCUGAAAGAAGUUAAACGUGUACUGAAACCUGGUGGCAAGUUCUUCUUUUUAGAACACCUCGUAUAUCCCAAGGGCACUUGGAAUGCCAUGAUCCAAAGAUUAACAAAUCCAAUCUGGAAUUUAUAUUUUAAUGGCUGCAACAUAAACCGAAACCAUGAUGAAGAAAUGAGAAGAGCUGGAUUUUCGGAUGUUGUGACUAAAAUGCAUUAUCCAAAAGACAUGUGGAUGUAUAUCAGACCAAUGAUUAUCGGAAUUGCUACCAAAUAAUUUGAAGCCUCAGCUAAAUGUGAUUAUACUAUUUUUCAGUUUGUGAUAUUGAUUAUUUUUAAAAAGUUAAUUCUAUGAUUAGAAGAAAUUACGAAUAUUAUUUAAACUAUUCAUUAACCACUCUAGGAAAAUUUAAGAUAUUGUUCCGAUUUUUACAUUACAAUAAUCAAGCUUCAGUUUAACCAUAAUUUAUGUUAUUGUAGUUAAUUAUAAGUUAAUUAGUUGAUAAUUCACUGAAAGUUACGAAUGACUCCAUAAUCAGCAGAUGACAUAAAUGAAUUCAUAUACACUUAUGUGGUUAUUAUAAAGUAGGAAUAACUUUAAAAAAUUCUGCAAUUUAAUCUUGCACUAUCUACUCUUGUUUUUAGCUUUCAAUUUAAAUGCAUCGUCUUUUUAUAUACAUGAAUAUCAGUCUUAUAACUAUUUAUCUUGGCUUAUUGGCUUUAAAAUUUACUAUUUAUUCUCCUGUAAACUGGAACUCUAAGUGACUGAAAUUAAUUUCAUUAGUUAUUAAUAUUUCGGUUUGUUUUUCACAUUAGUCAUAUUUUGAAAUUUUAAUGCUUUUAUUAUGGCUGGCCAUGCUUUUAAAGAGAAUAAAAUCUUGCCUUUUUAAAGAAAGGGUUAUAAUAAUAUUGACUAAUCUAUGAUCAUUUGCUGGAAAAAUAUAAGAUAUAGUAAUCGGAAAAGAUAUUUGUAUUUGCAAUAAUUGCAAAUAAUUCCAAAGAUAUAACAUAACAUUGUUCAACAGAAAGAUAUUUCGUUUAAUAAAUUAAGCAGCUUAAAAAAGAUUUUAUAUAGAAAUUGUUUCGUAAUAUGUAAUCUGCUUUGAAUAAAAAUUCUUAUCGUAUCAGUUA